AUGCAGAAAAGCAGAAAAACAGCAAAUGCUGCGGAAGAAGAAGCGAGAAAGGCCGCAGAAGAAAAGGCAGCAAAAGAAGCCGCAGAUAAGAAAAAUCAACAGAUGGCCGCAGAAGAAGAAGCAGCGAAAAAGACCGCAGAAGAAGAAGCAGCAAAAGACGCAGAUAAUGAAAAUCCACAGAUGACCGAGGAAGAAAAAGCAGCAAAAAAAGCCGCAGACGAAGAAGCAGCAAAAAAGGCCGCAGAAGAAAAGGCAGCAAAAGAUGCAGAUAAUGAAAAUCCACAGAUGACCGAGGAAGAAAAAGCAGCAAAAAAAGCCGCAGAAGAAGAAGCAGCGAAAAAGGCCGCAGAAGACAAGGCAGCCAAGGAGCCGCCUUCCGAUAACGAGAAUGACGAUAUAAAUCAGAACGGCAUUGCACAUGACAAGAGUAGUCCCAACAUUAUGCUGCAGAGACGUGGUGGAGAGCUAAAACCUAACUCUGUGGAGAAAUGGGGAGUUGACGACCUUGCCGCGGUUAAACUGAUUGCAAUAGAUGUCCCACUUGAUUAUGCUUCAUCUCCAGUAAACCUGGUCAAGCUAAUUCCUAAGAUGACGGGUACAGAAAAGGAUGCAUUCAAAGCAAAUAAUGAGACAAUUCCCAGACAGCCGGAUGUACAACUCUACUGCGAAUGGAAUGAGCCGUUGAUAUUAGACACCGGUGAAGAAAUUUUCUCAAGUUGGGAAAGUAGGGCAACGUGUCGUCUUAUUUGGAAGAAGAAUGCAGAUGCUUACUUGCUUUAUGUCGCCAAAUUCAUUGAAGAAUGGUAUCAAAAGGUUUCUGGUGGGCAGUAUGCAGACAAACCAAUGCCAACUAUAGAGAUAUUUCGGGCAGGACGUUCAAUGUCGCCGGGGACGGAGGCGACACCUACACCUAAGAAUACACCAAGACAAACACCUGAGCCCAAAGUAACACCAGUCCCGUUCAGAAUGAAGCCUCCGCCGGGUACAGGAAAUAAGUCUCCAAGUAUUCUGUCGAGUGAUGACGACAAAGAAACUGAAGAAGAAGAUGAGGAAGAAGAGGAAGAAGAAGAGGAAGAAAGAGAGCAGGAGCUUCGGGAAAAACGCAUCCGGGAAAUUGAAGGCCAAUACCGAGCUAAACACAAUAUAUCGCCAAAAGCUAGACUAACGCCGAAGCAAGAAAAAGCUAUAAUAAAGAAAUUCACUAGCACUUACGGCGCAAUUGAGCAAGAAGAGGAAGAAACAGAGCAGGAGUUUCAGGAAAAACGCAUUCGGGAAAUUGAAGGCCAAUACCGAGCUAAACACAAUAUAUCGCCAAAAGCUAGACUAACGCCGAAGCAAGAAAAAGCUAUAAUAAAGAAAUUCACUAGCACUUACGGCGCAAUUGAGCAAGAAGAGGAAGAAACAGAGCAGGAGUUUCAGGAAAAACGCAUUCGGGAAAUUGAAGGCCAAUACCGAGCUAAACACAAUAUAUCGCCAAAAGAUAGACUAAUGCCAAAACAAGAAAAAGCUAUAAAGAAGAAAUUUACUAGCACUUACGGCGUAAUUUAA